GUCACUCAAAUGUAGUUGAGCUAUUGCUUAAGAAUAGCGCAGAUAUUAAUUUGAAAGACAAUUACGGAUGGUCACCAAUUUAUACAGCUUCUGUAAAUGGUCACUUAAAUGUUGUUGAGUUAUUGCUUAAGAAUGGCGCGGAUAUUAAUUUGAAAACUAGCUACAGAUGGUCACCAAUAAUUGCAGCCGCUCAAGAAGGUUAUGACGGAGUUGUUGAAGUGCUACUUCAAAACGGCGCAAAUAUGAACGAUCAAAAUAAUGAAGGAGAAACUGCCUUAUAUAUGGCUUCGGAAAGAGGUCACUCAAAUGUAGUUGAACUAUUGCUUAAGAAUGGCGCAGAUAUUAAUUUGAAAGAUAACAUUGGAUUAUCACCAAUUUAUGCAGCUUCUGUAAAUGGACAUGAACGUGUUGUUGAAUUACUAAUCACAAACGGUACCCUUGUAAAUAUCAAAAAUAAGGACGGAUUUUCAUCAAUACAUGGUGCUGCAGAUAACG